AUGUCGCCUUGGGACGGCGUCGGAAACCCCAUCCGGUUCAAGGAAUGGUACAGCAGCUUCGGCCCGGUCUUCCAGAACAUCUCAACAGGCGUCUGCAACGAGACCCUCGCCGCCUAUCUAGCAGACUACAAAAGCCUCACAACCAAAACAUGCGACUUCCACGUCGACUGCGUCCUCGGCGAGGUAUCGGAGUCCAUCAAAGCCAAAAACGCGUCCGCGGCCAUCUUCCUCGGCAUCCUCCCCUCGAUGCUGGCGAUGCUGGGCCCGUCGAUGACCCAGCUCGCUCUCCUCUCCACCCGCCGUCCACUCCUGUCCCUGCUCAUUGCUCUGGGUAGCGUGGGAUUCUACCUCGACCGCCUCUUCCGUCUCGAAACGCCCACCGAGAUCCUCUCCAUGGUCCAGGGCGAGAGACUCAUACCGCGCCUGCGCAGUUCGAGAUGGGGCUUCGUGGUGAGCGUGUUGGAGUACCUCGUGGUUGCCACGGCGGUGUUGAACGUGCUCAACAUGGCGGUGCGGGUGGGCGAUCGUACCAUCAUGAGCUUCCGGUGCAACAUGUGGUCUCUCCCGCUCAUAUGGGUCACCUCCCUGGCCGGCAUCUUCUUCCUGGUGGCGAUACCCUUCCAGUUCUCCGCCGUCGCCAAGCACAUGCGCAACUGCACCGGCGACGGUACCCGCAGCUCCGUCGACGCGGGGCCGGAGGGUCUCGGCGACACCCAGUGGACUCCGCUCCCGCCACGCCCGGAGUGGACACGGCGAGAACAGCAUCCGGGGGCGCCCAACGGGGCGCUUGAGAGACGGAGCACCGCGGACUCGGUCUCACAGUUUGUGGCGAGGGAGUUUACUCCCGGCAUGCGGCAUCCUUCGCUGCGGGUCCACGAGAUCCCGCAGUUCGAGCCGUGGGUGGCUGUCCUGUUCAAUGUCGGGUUCUUUUUUGCUGCGUUUCAUAUUAUCAUAGGCACCUGCUGGCUGUCUUCUACCCUUUUUCUGUCUCCUGGGGAUGCCAUCAGGAUUGUCUUGAGGUUCUUUGGCUCUGCGGUGGUUUGCAGAUUUGUCGUUAUGGUGGAGCUGGCAAGUAUGAAGUCGCAAGAGAUGCCGCAGGGCGAGAAGUGA